CUGAAAUUACUAAAAAGUUCAGAGCAUGUUGCCCUUUUGUGUAGUGCCUUUUUCAGUUUAAAGCAGUUCUCAGUCUCACACACACACUCACUCUUCUUCCUCUUCGUUUCUCAAUGGCGGCUACGCAGCUCCCUUACCAAACCUCAUCAUCAUCCUUCUCCAAACCCCUAAAGCACCCUUUAACCCGAAACCCAUUUUCCCAAAACCCCAUUCUACCCCUCAGACCCGCCUCCCUUAAACCCCUGGUUCUCAGAGCCGUCGUCUCCCAAAACCCAUCAAAAUCCCUCACCCAAGACCCUCAAACGACCCCCUUUAAGCACUGCUUCUCCAAAUCCUCAGAUGGGUUUCUCUAUUGUGAGGGCCUCAAGGUACAGGAAGUCAUCGAUUCGGUUGAGAGGCGGCCUUUCUACCUCUACAGCAAGCCACAGAUCACUAGAAACGUCGAGGCCUAUAAGGAGGCAUUGGAGGGGUUGAGUUCUGUUAUUGGGUAUGCGAUUAAAGCCAACAACAAUUACAAGAUAUUGGAGCAUCUGAGACAGUUGGGUUGUGGUGCUGUUCUGGUUAGUGGGAAUGAGCUCAGGUUGGCCCUUCGAGCUGGGUUUGAUCCCACUAAGUGCAUUUUUAAUGGGAAUGGAAAGUUGUUGGAGGACUUGGUUUUGGCUGCCCAAGAAGGUGUUUUUAUCAAUGUUGAUAGCGAGUUUGACUUGGAAAAUAUUGUUGCUGCUGCAAGAAUUGCUGGAAAGAGGGUCAAUGUUCUACUUCGGAUUAAUCCAGACGUAGACCCUCAGGUAAUGAUGAUGAUAUUCAUGAAUCAGGGAAGUGCAGAUGUUAGACAUAUGAGAUGUUUAGUCUGGUCUUUAGAAAACUUAGGAAAUAGAAUCUUUAACUGAAAACCAUUAGUUGGUCAUUGUGAUGCGUAAGCUAAAAGUCUAUGAUAGGAAGGUUCUCAAUGCGUCUUAACUCUAGAAUGAUACUUGCCUGAAUAUUUUCAAGUUUUGGAAUGUGCUUGAUGCAUAAUAUGAUUCAUGGUAUCAAUACUUUUUGAGUAAUUAAAUUAAUCAGGAAGCUGAUAACAAUUAGAAUAACCACUUCAAAGAAAUUAAAAUAUAACUAAUACCGUUGCAUUAUUGCUUUAUCAUGUUAACUUUAUAGAACAAGAUUUUUAGCUUAAGUUCUUAACUACAUAGCUAAUAAACAGUGUUGUUGCCAUGAGUGCAUAUUUUCACAAUGAUGCCACAACCAUUAUGGCAUAUUCGAUUUUCCCCAUAUUCCAGCACUCUAUUGCUCAGUUCUGAAGCUGGAGAGUUUGCCAACUACCAGGGUACUGCCUGGACAUGGGACAUCCGUUGCGAAAAAUCUAAAAAUAUUAGGACAUGAGCACCACAUGUAUUUAGGUUCAGAUAGUUGUACUUUUGUGAACUUGGUGCCCUUUUUAUUUCUUAUUGUAAAAAUGUAGACAGAUCUUUGGCAUGGGACACUACCAUGCCUCA